AUGAGACUGGCAGCCAGACCUUCCCCGGCUCAGCCUCCGUCCGUGCAAAACCCUUCUAUAUCGGGAGUGAAAAGCUCGCAAGAGGUAUAUGGAGUUAAAGCUGAAGAGGACCCAAAGAACGCACGGCUUCAAUGCAAUAAUCAACAAAAGCACCAGAAAACCAAAAUACCAUAUGGUAAUCAAGCCACCGCUGCACAGCUGCCAAUUGCAAUGCCGACUUCAUGCUUCCCGGUUUCUACGACACAUUUCCCUGCUGUUCAGCUAUUCACAGCACCGGCGGUUACGAGGGCCCGAAAGGUAUUACGUUCUGUGCGAUUUACUCCGAGCGAAUUUUGA